AUGCUAAGAAUUCUGAAUUUUAAAGAAGGGAACCUGCCUAUGAUGUAUCUUGGUAUCCCUCUCAUAUCUGCUAGAUUGACUAAAGAGGAGUGUAAGGGUAUUAUUAGUAAGAUCACCAGUAGUAUUCAUAGCUGGACCAGUAAAGCUAUAUCCUAUGAUGGAAGGAUUCAACUGAUUAAUUAUGUGAUCAUGAGUAUGCACAUUUUCUGGGCAUGUAUUCUGCUUCUUCCUAAGAGUGUUUGCAAAGAUAUUCAAAGAGUCUGUGCAAGGUUUCUGUGGACAGGGAAAGAUGAGGGCAAGUAUAAUGCCAUGGUCUCUUGGGAUGAAAUUUCUAGGCUUAAAGUUGAGGGUGGAUUAGGGGUUAAGGAUAUCCACAUCUGGAAUAAAGCUGCAAUCACUAAGCAUGUUUGGCAGAUUUACAACUAUCCUGAUCCUAUAUGGAGCUUGAAGUGUAAUGAUAGAUCUAGUUGGAUUUGGAGAGGAAUCUUAAAUACUAGAAGUGAUGUUAGGAAAGUGUUGGAUUACAAGAUUGGUAAUGGCUCAGGAACAGAAUUUUGGUAUGAUCCAUGGAUUAAUGGCUGCACAAUUAUGGAGAAGUUUCCUAGAGUCAAGAUGAGAGACUCUGAUAUCCCCAGAAACUCCAAAAUUGCUGCUCUUUGGAAGAACAGUAGGUGGGACUUUCCUGAUCCCAUUGAUGAAGCCUCUUCAGAAGCUUGA